CAAGUCAAGCCGGAGCUCAGUUGCAGCAGCGCAACGCAUUUGCCCAGACGCACAACUCGCGAUUCGCGGCCAAAACCAAGAGUUACGGAAAUAGACUUGCCUUGGCCAUCGAUCGUUGUAGCAGCUACACUCGGAAAAAAACAGGAUCACCUUCUAUCAGUUAAAAAAAUAAAAAGCCAUAUCAAAUUAUCAUAUCAGUUCUAUGCAAUGAAUAUCAUCAUAUCAGUGCUCAAUGUUUUAAUGUUUUAAUAAUCCGGAAGCGUUAAAGCAUCGAAAUACAUCUAUAAAAUAUUCAUAACUGCAGUGCAAUUUGAAAUACAUAUUUAAGAAAAGCCGAAGUACGACUUUGAAAAAGCUUGCUUACAUUUUUAAAUGUGAAAAAAUAUUAAUUUAAACGAUUCCCAGAAACUGACACAAUUAUGCCUUUUCUUCCCUGAAGAGAUCUUUAUAAAUAAAAUAUAUCUUAACAUCUUAUAUAUAUCAUAAAAAAUUGGUGCAUUUACUAUAUGGGAAAAUUGAAUAACCUAUAACAUUUUAGAAUCAAACCAUUAUAAAAAGUGAAUGAAAAAAUAUAUUUUUCCAACUAACAAAUUGUUUUUAAAUAUUUCAAAGCUAUUUGUGUUACCAUAAAAUCAUAAAAAAAAUAAAAAAUCAGAAGAAACCCUGUUAAAAAUAAUACAAAAUCCAGUUUUCGCGUAGUGUGGCUACUUGAUUUGUGGUGCUGUCGUGCUAGAACUUGAGUUGCCUUCGGCUCGUCGCUCGCGAGGGCUAACUCCUGGCAGUCGCCUUUCGUCCUUGCUGCGGUCUAGAGUCCUAGCUCUCGCUUCUAGCCAGGCUAGAUGCGCCUCCUUUGGGGUUGAAGUGUGCGUGCUAAUGGCAGUGUAAUGAGUGCGCCGUGCUAAUCGUUAUGCAAUCGCCUAGCUUCGAUUUCCAGCCGCAGUGAAAUAUGUCUCUCAAGCGUUAUGCAACUCUGCUGGCCUUCGGUCAAAAUCAGAAUCAAAAUCAAAAUAAUACAAUCCCGACACUGGUGGUCUCCACAACGGAGGGGAUUCCAUCAUCAUCAUCAUCAUCUUCUUCAUCGUAUGGAAGCUUCGCUAGCGAGGAGCAGCUGCAGUCCCAGGAACAUAUGUCAUCUUCAUCCUCGAUUGCCACACACACCACCUAUUAUACAGGCGGAUUGGGACAAUAUCACCAGCAGCGCGGUGGCUCAGGAUCUGUCAUUUCGGGCGUGGGCGGCGGCGGAGGACCUAGUGGACCCCAGACGUAUGCAAAUGUUGUCAACGGCAAUGUGAAUCUGCUGCUCGGCGGGGCGAUGCUUUCACUGGUGACGACCGUAUUGUGUGUGGUCUGCUAUUGUUGUCAUCGGAAUAUCAAAAAGCGAACAGAGGCCGCCUACAGACAGCAGCAGCAUCAGUGGCUCGAAGGCGAUCCCAACAUGGAAAUAUACAGCGUGGAGCAGUGCUACGAGACAUCUGGCCUGUUUCUGGGCGACUCCACGGAUGGCCUGUCCGCAGUGCCCGCCCUGCACCACGAACCACCGCCCUCCUACGACGCCGUGGUGCUGCACGAGCAGCAGCUCCACCAGCAGCAAUUGGAGCAGCAGCAGCAGCAACAGUUGCAGCUGCAACUGCAACAGCAGCAGCAACUUCUGAUGCAGCGCGUCUCGCCGCCUCCCGGCUAUCGAUCCUCCCUGGACAUAAGCGGACAGCCGGGGACGAGCUUUGGUCGCGGCACUCCCGAUGGCAGUGUGGAUGCAGUGGCCGGUGGCAGUGCCGCAGGGGCAGUUGGAUCCGGUGGUCUGCUGGUCAACAAGCAGCUACAACUCGCCCUAAAUGCCCAAUCCUGCUGCUCACUGCAGCGGGCCGAGGUGGAGAGCAUGUGGAAUGCUGCGGCGGCGGCGGUGGCUGCCCGGAGCGGAAAUUGCCUGGAAAUGGAGACGCUGCAGGUGCGUAAACCGGUGCAGAACAUCAGAUUGAACACCUUCGGGCGGCGGUACCUGCAGCAAAGCCAUCAGCAUAGUGGCAACCACUACCGACGCGGCUGUCCGCUGUGCGGCAAGUUCCGCUAUGAAGGUGAGGCGGAAGAUGAGCCGUUGACCGCGCUGUCCGUGGAGAGCGGUCUGAAUAUGGGCGGGCGUAGGGAGGAGCCGACGGCGUGCCCCUGUCCCAGUGACAUCGACAAUGGCAACCACAUUUCGGCCGACGCUCUGCAGGAUGAGGCCAACGGGAAUGUUGAGUUUGCCACCGUGGACGAUGAACCACCUCAAAAUGAAGCCAUACCCAUAACCGCCGUCAAUGAUGAAAAUGACAACGCAGCAACAUCGGACACACCAGCAAUAUCCGACACACCAGCAACAUCCGACACACCAGCAACAUCCAGUAGGGGCAGGCAGCAGGAGAAGAUGGAGGAGGUGGAACUGGCCACGGGCGGCCAACAGGAGGAGCAGGAUUUGAACAACAUUAACGAGAACGGCAUCAUCAGCCUGGACAUGAGCAAAAUCAUUGACAGAUCGGGCCUGCCCACAUACGAGGGAGCCAUCAAACUGGAGUCCAGUGGUUAUGUGUGAGCCUAACGAGAAAUUGGCAUUGGUCGAAGAGCAGGAGAGCAAAACCUAAACCACAAGUGUGCUUUAACUAUGAUUAAGAUAUGUUGCGAAUGGAGAAAAGUACGGAUAUUAUUUGUAAACUUAAAUACAAACAUGUAAAAUCAAGAACCCAUUGGUUUUUGGCACACAAUGAUUAAAGUCUCUCAAGAUUGCUAAGAACUUACUGAAGUCCAUGAAGAAUAUCUCUCCUAAAUUAAGCAUAACAAAGAACACAUGAAGCAAACACGAAAACAAUAAUUUUAACGUUUAAAUGUUUAGAGCUAAGCGCGUGCAUAUCCCUGUAAAUGUUCGUUUCGAAUACUCGUAUCAAUAAAAUCAAAAGUUGUAAUUGAAAGCAACAAGCGAUUUAAUAUGCAACCUCAAUCCGCAACCUUCGCCUGAAUUGCACACGAGCACAGUUUUUAGUUUAUAAACGCUCGGUUGAGUGCAAUCCGAUUGAUUUUGUAUUAAAUACGUAAGAGAUGAUAAAAGAAACGAAACCAGAGCAAAGAAUGGCAUGCAAACAAAUCGUCAAAGACAACGGCUAACAAGCGGCAAGAUAACAGGCCACACCACCCCCUGGCCACCCAUCCAACCCCAUUUUUCCCACCCCCUUGCGAUUUUCCGCUUUCCCUUUUCACCGCACUUACCUCAGACAAACAACGGGCUUUUCGUCUGGAUCAUUUACAUGAGGGGAGUGAGGGAAAUUCAAGGGGGAAAAUUGUCACCAGGUCGGCUACGCGAUUCUCUAACUUAAAUGUUCAGAGGGUUGAGUUAAAUAGUGCAAGCUAACUUACAUUCUAAAACAAAACCAAUUUAAACGCACCAUGCCUUACUAAGAAAAUAAAAACGGUUUAAAUAUCAAGUAUACAUUGAAAUUUG